GUGUUUCCGGUCGGACUAGUCGCGUUGCACCAUUCCUCAGGAAGUGAGCAUUUUCUCGGCAGCUUCCGUUUCCUAUUCCUGGUGCAUUGUGGAUCAGGCGGGACGCCAUUUAGUCGUUGAACAGCAGCCACGCUAGUUUGUCACCUUGAACCAACAAACAUGUCUAUUGGCGUGCCAAUCAAAGUUCUCCAUGAGGCAGAAGGACACAUUGUGACAUGUGAAACCAACACUGGUGAAGUGUACAGAGGAAAGCUGAUAGAGGCAGAGGACAAUAUGAACUGUCAGAUGUCAAAUAUCACAGUGACCUACCGGGAUGGCAGAGUGGCACAACUAGAACAGGUCUACAUCAGAGGCAGCAAAAUAAGAUUUCUCAUUCUUCCAGACAUGUUGAAAAAUGCUCCUAUGUUAAAGAGUAUGAAGAAUAAAAACCAAGGAUCUGGAGCAGGAAGGGGAAAAGCUGCUAUUCUCAAAGCUCAAGUGGCAGCAAGAGGCAGAGGACGUGGCAUGGGUCGUGGAAAUAUUUUCCAAAAACGACGAUAACAGUGUUUUGUGUUUUAAUUGCCCCACCUGACUGUUUAAGCAACCCUUCUUCUGUAGUGUUUUUUUUUUUUAUUAAUAAAAUUGUUCACAAAAAAGAUCUGUCCCUUUAAUUAUCCCAUGUUUUGAAACUGGAUGAACCUCCUUAAAAUGAUGCUAACUGUCUUCAUAUGCUAAACUAUGAUGAGGUUCUUUUGCUUUUUGUAUAAUUUUAAGGAAUUCAAAGUGAAUUUAGCAUUUUAUGGCAAAUUUAGCUGAACUUUUGUCAUUGACCCUUAAUGUUUACAACUGGAAGUGAGAUUUGGGAUACUGGGGAAUCCAUACGUUUUAACACCACUCCUGAGCAGCUUUGCCCAGGCCACACUUGGCAAAAGGCUAGAUUGUAUAUACCCCUCUUAAAGUACAUGAACAAAUAAAAUGCAAUGGUUUUUGUUUCUUUGAGCCCAUAUAGUCACAACAGGCAUGUAUCGUGCUACAGGACACUGCAUCACACCUAAGUUUGAACCUUGCUCCCCUUAACUGGUUGAGGCUUUGUCCUGAUUGCUUCACUACUAUAUAUUAAAAAAUAAAUAAAAAUCCAGACAAUGGUUA